AUGGCGGCGGAACAGUACUUGUCCGUGGACGUGCUGGCGGACAUCCUGCAGCGGCUGCCGUCCAUCUCCAGGCGGCGAGCACGCCUGGUCUGCCGGCACUGGCGGGACGUGGUGAACAAGCGCACGACGGAGAUGCAGAGCCGCGCCAAGCCCCUGAUCUGGGACGACGGCGACGCCUACGUGAUCGGCGACCUCUCGUCGACGGGGUCCUGCCGAGAGCUGUGGAAGAGGAGGGUGAGAUCGGGCGUCUAUCGUUGGUGGGAUGGCACCGGCACACGCCCCUCCCAUCUGGUCGGCGUCUGCAACGGCCUGCUCUGCGUCUGCGUCAACGAGGAGCGGGCUGGCGGCUCCCUCACGGUGUCCAACCCGGCCACCGGCGAGGCGCUGGCCGUUCCGCCGCUGCCGUGCGCCGGCCUUUUCGUGGUGAGCCACCGCAGGGAGGAGAUCAGGUGGGACGCGGCGUACAGCUUCGCGUGCCAUCCCAUGACCGGGAAGUACAAGGUGGUGCACGUCCCGUGGAGCAAAGAACGGCUCUUCGACCUGGAGACGGUGCAGGUGCUCACGCUCGGGGACACGGCGUGGCGGGAGGUGCCGGCCCCCGCCGGCGGUGCGAGGUGCGACAUCGCCGCCGGCAUCAUCAGCAUCGAUGGCACGACGCACUGGGUAAAGGUGGGCAACGCCACGAGGAUCGUGUCCUUUGAUCUCGACACCGAGCGCUUCGCUCCGACCACCACGCCGCUGCCCGCUCAGCCGGACAGGCGCAACAUCAGCUACCACCUGACGGAGGUGCACGGGAGGCUGGGCUUUGUCAUGAUGCCCGACGUGUGGGUCCUGGAUCAGCGGCGGCGGUGGAGCCGCCGGUACAGGCUCGAGGAAGCCAUCCCGCGGCCGCAUUUUGUCUUCGGCAAAUAUGUCCUCACGACGAGAUCGGGGAAGACGGAGUUUUUCGCACACCGGCCAAAAGGCACGCCGCCAAAGGGCUGGAGGCUGGAAUGCGAUGGCGUGGAACGAGUCGGGCACCCGGAUCAUGGGACGCUUGUCGCCGAGAUGACGCGCGGCUACGCCCAAUGCCGGACGUUCCCCUAUGUCGAGACCACAGAGCCACUCGGUGUUUAUGAGACAAAUUAA